AUGGUCUCCAAGAGAUGCCUCUUGUUCGGGGUGUCAUUCAUCCUCAUUUCUGCUGGCCCAUGGAUUGGGAGCAUGAAGCUCAUGAUGAUAGGAGCCAUGGGAGCGGUGAUGAGUCAGACAACCGGACCGAAGCUGGCGGCAGCCUUUGUAGUGAUCCCACCCUUGGGCGUUUCUGUAGCAGUGAUGGACGCUGUUUCAGGUCGAUCCUCAGGGGGAAUCUUCAUGACUCCGUCGGACAUUCUCUUGCCAGCAGCAGCGUUUGUGAUUCCCUGCCUUGGUCUACGGCUGGCAAUGGUAAUGGCAACGGAGCCGACACCGCAGGCUAACACCAACCAAGGGCUUCUACAACUCCAGGCCAUACUCCCGGUGUGA